GUUAGUUUGGAGGCAGGAUGACAGCUGAACGGGUCGUGAAGGUACAGCAGCGCAGUCCGGAACAUUAACAACAAUCAUUACAAACUCCCGUCGUAAAGAGAAGCACCGACAGAUUUCACCGCGUGACGCCUUUCUCCACCAACCGGCGGACGUGUUUUACUUUAUCUGAGGACGGUAACCGUUAAACCUUGCGGAUAUUUUUUUUUUUGUUCUUUUUCAACCGAGAGAGAGAGAGAGAAAAAUAUCGGUGUCCGGAUGUGCCAGUAGUGUUGGGUUUUUCGCAUGGCGUAGGCACCUUUUCUAAAGCGGGAUAUUCUUGAUGUUUGGUGGGUCGGAGGAGGCCCCCGGGUCGACAGUUUAUCCCACUAACGCACACUACAGAAGUCCACAUUUACCGUUUUUGUGGAGGAAAAAGAUCAGCGACAUGAUUGUGCAAUAGAGAGGAAGAAGCGCUGUACGUCUUGACUACCUCGGUGCUGACUGUGGAGAGAGAGAGAGAGAGAGAGAGAGAGAGAGCAAGUCACCAGGGAUAAAUUGUGUAUUUGUUUCCUGCUCUAAACCCCAGCAACGACGUGUUUUCAGAGCUUGUGAGAGCUGUUACAAAGGAGACGAAAAAAGGGAAUAUUUGUGUGUUUGCCUUGUGUGUGUGUGUGUGUGCGCGUGCUUGUGAGAGUGAACCCCUCCGAGGACCUGGUAAACCUUCGCGAUGACGGGCAGCACCCCAGCGGACAUGAUAAACCUGCGGCUUAUUUUAGUCAGCGGGAAGACGAAAGAGUUCCUCUUCUCUCCCAAUGACUCGGCUGCAGACAUUGCCAAACACGUCUAUGACAACUGGCCGAUGGACUGGGAGGAAGAGCAGGUCAGCAGUCCUAACAUCCUGAGGCUGAUCUACCAGGGACGUUUUCUACACGGCAACGUAACACUAGGAGCCCUCAAACUGCCCUUGGGGAAGACCACAGUGAUGCAUUUAGUUGCCAGAGAGACUUUGCCUGAGCCAAAUUCCCAAGGUCAGAGGAAUAGAGAGAAGACCGGGGAGAGUAACUGCUGUGUCAUUCUGUAAAUACACACCUCCGCUGCCGGCCCCCCCCCCACCCUUCUCAUCUGUUCUCACCCUCAACGUUCUGGACCUAAUGAGCUUGUCCCCUGUCCUGCAGCCUGUCCACAAAGCAGAUAUGCAUACAAAAAACAAAACGAAACAUACACACACACGCACACAAACACACACACUCUUCUCGUUUUCUUUUUCUUCCUUCUCUCAUACACUCACACAUUCAUGGAAAGACAGCAGGCUCAGGCUGAUCCAGGACUCAGAGUUGGGAGCAGGAAAUUGAUUAACGAUAGAGUUGAUUCCUUUGUUGUACUUGAUUUUUUUGUCAUAACUGAAAAUUUGAGGGAGGAACUGGAUUUGCAUGGUUUUUUUUUUUUUUUUUUCUUUCUUUCUUUCUUAAUGCACACCUUUUUAAGCCUUCUGCCAUACACAUGCACGCAGACAUACACACAUUGUCAAGCCAUCCACAACUGGUCUGUUCAAAGUCAGUCCCUAACUGGCUCCUCAUUCUAGCUGGUUGUAAUAGUAAUGCAGUGCCCGAGUUUGUGUGUGUGGCCUUGUUUUCUCAUACAGACCGCUGACAAUUUUAACCACUAACAGCUCACCAACAUGCGAACACACACACACACACACACACACACACACACACACACACAUGAUUAUGACACCCUGGCUACACAUCCAACCAUAUGUGCUUGUGUGAUCUCCCUCAGUGCAGCAGAUAAAGCUUAGAUGUGCCUGUUCAGAGAACUCAAACCAGGACACACGCACAAACACAAACACACACAAACAUACACACACACAUGCACACAACUGUGUCCUUUAUACUGCCCUCCUCUGCACGUGCCCUUAAAUGGCACAUGAGAGAAAUUAUUCCUUUUUAUCUGCAAAGCGCUGUAGAGACCGAACACAUCCUCCUCUCUCAGUCGUCACAUCUUAGCCAAACAAAGCCUAAACAAGCAAACAAAUAGACAAACAAACCAAUGUUGGUGGUCUUGUUUUUGGUUAUUUGUUUGUCCGUGACAUUUGUGACUGUGUUUUGACAGUCCAUGCAUAUUACUGACCGACCAGUGUUGUGAUUAAUAAAACAUCAUGUCAGUUUUCUUCCCUACCUGAUGCAACCCCCCCUCCUCCUCAAGGAAAUGCUCAUUGUGCUCCGUUUUUUUUAACAGUGUUGUUUCGGAUCUCUCUCUCUGACAAUUGCUGUUCUAGCAGGGAAAUUAACUCUGAAUGGAAAAAAAGCUCCUUAUUUGUCUUAAUUUGCUUAUUUCUCUCUCCUUUAUUCUCUCUCUGCAUUAAUAAGUCCAUUUUGCACAACUGAAGCAUGUGCUCCUUCAUCAGAUUAAUAAAAAUGUAUAAAAAGUUUUAUGGUUUUAUUUUAUAUUUUUCCAAUGGAAGUAAUGUUCCAAACUAAGGUAACGUGUAGAAUAUAUUUAAUAUGAAUCUUAUAUAGAACAUGAUGAAUCUAGAUCUUGUUGAUAUACAGUAUAUUGGUGUUUAGUCUAUGAUUGUGUAUACGGUUAGCUUCUAGCCAGUUCACAGUCACUCGCUGACAAUGUCUCGUGCUUAACAGCAGCAAAACCACCCUAAUCAUCGACAGACUGUACUUUUAUUUUCUUUCUUCUGUGCUCUUUUAUUAUUAUAUUUUUUUCAUUUGUUUAUAAUUUAAUGUAAUCCUUUUUCUUUGUGGUUUUUUGCUUUAAAAGAAUCGCUUUGUAACAGCACUAGGUCUUAAAAAAAAUAUUGUUUAUAUUGAUCAGGGUUCAAAUCUGUACAGAGAUAAACGUUUUCAAACCAAUUGUAAAUAGCACUAAUGCUCCCUCUCCCUCCUCCAAACUUCAAAAUGGAAUACAUCUGUAAACUAAAUAAAGGUUAUUGAAGUGCA